AUGUUAAACAAUUGUCUAGUACUUUCAUUCUACAUUAUAAACUUGAUUUUCAACCAAAUACCACUCACAAAAGGUUUACUAGGUUAUUUACAAUGUUGGAAAUGCGAAAUAACAUCACCAACGGAUGAUGAAGGAGAAAUGAGACACGACUGUAAUAUUCAUUUUGAUUUUACACAACAUACAACUGAACAAUGUGAUGGUAAAUGUUGGAAAUCAUUUGAAAAACUAAAAUCAAAUAAUUCUAUGAAUAAAAAUAUUGAUGAUGAUAUACGUGCUAGUCGACGAUGUUUUAAAAGUGAUGAAUUAAUGAAAGCAAAUUCAAUCGGUAUUCGAAUAACAAACGGUUGUUAUGAUCUAAAAAUUGCCAAUGAUAAAAUAAAAAAUAUAUGUUUUUGUGAUAAUGAUAUGUUCAUGUUAUUGAAAUGA